CGCUCCGAGGAGGUGCACCGCCUCACCGAGAAUGUCUACAAGACGAUCAUGGAGCAGUUCAAUCCCAGCCUCAGGAAUUUCAUUUCUAUGGGGAAGACCUAUGAAAAAGCCUUAGCAAGUAUGACAUACGCAGCAAAAGGAUACUUUGAUGCUCUGGUUAAGAUGGGAGAGUUGGCCAGUGAAAGCCAAGGAUCUAAAGAAUUGGGAGACGUGCUCUUCCAGAUGGCAGAAGUCCACAGGCAGAUCCAGAACCAGCUGGAGGAGAUGCUCAAGUCCUUCCACAAUGAGCUCCUGACGCAGCUGGAGCAGAAGGUGGAGCUGGACUCCCGGUACCUGAGUGCUGCGCUGAAAAAAUACCAGACGGAGCAAAGGAGCAAGGGGGAUUCGCUCGACAAGUGCCAGGCAGAGCUGAAGAAACUUCGGAAGAAGAGCCAAGGCAGCAAAAACCCCCAGAAGUACUCUGACAAGGAGCUGCAGUACAUCGAAGCCAUCAGCAACAAGCAAGGCGAGCUGGAAAACUACGUCUCUGACGGCUAUAAGACAGCUCUCACGGAAGAGAGGAGACGGUUCUGCUUCCUGGUAGAGAAACAGUGCGCGGUAGCGAAGAGUGCGAUCACCUACCACGCCAAGGGGAAGGAGAUGCUGACGCAGAAGCUGCCGCUGUGGCAGCAAUCCUGCUCGGAUCCCAACAAGAUCCCGGACCGUGCUAUACAGCUGAUGCAGCAGAUGGCUGCCAGCAGCAAUGGCACCAUUAUGCCCAGCCCUCUGUCUACAUCCAAAUCCAACCUCAUCAUCUCUGACCCCAUCCCUGGUGCCAAACCUCUCCCUGUCCCCCCGGAGCUGGCACCUUUUGUAGGACGCAUGUCGGCGCAGGAGGCCAUGCCAGUGAUGAACGGAGUCUCAGGCCCAGACAGUGACGGGUACAACCACUGGUCUGAGAUGAAGCCAGCACAGCCCAAAUCUUUAUCUCCUCCCCAGCCUCAGAAGCAGCUGAGUGACUCUUACUCCAAUACACUCCCAGUUCGCAAAAACGUGCCACCGAAAAACAGCUAUGCAUCAGCCGAAAACAAGACGCUGCCGCGCUCCAGCUCCAUGGCCGCAGGGCUUGAGAGGAACGGCAGGACGAGGGUGCAGGCCGUUUUCUCUCACGCUGCUGGAGAUAACAGCACCCUCCUGAGCUUCAAGGAGGGUGACCUCAUCACGCUGCUGGUGCCGGAGGCCAGGGACGGCUGGCAUUACGGAGAGAGCGAGAAAACAAAAAUGAGAGGCUGGUUUCCUUUCUCCUACACACGGGUCCUCGACAGCGAUGGCAGUGAGCGGGUCCACACGAGCCUGCAGCAAGGGAAGAGCAGCAGCACCGGCAACCUGCUGGACAAAGACGACAUCUCCAUCCCGCCGCCCGACUACGGCAUGGCCUCCCAAGGCUUCCCGGCGCAAGGCGUCAACACCUUCAAGCAGAGGCCGUACAGCGUGGCUGUGCCCGCCUUCUCCCAGGGUCUCGAUGACUACGGGACGAGGUCCGUCAGCAGCGGCAGUGGCAGUUUGGUAUCAACGGUGUGAGGACACCUUGGCUAACGGUGGCCCUUUGCUGCUUGGAAGAGCUUUCUGCU